AACAGUUUGCUAGUUUGUGAGAGGAGGCGACUGAAGCAGGUGAGGGAGAGAGAGAGAGAAAAGGAGAGAGAGAGAGGGAGGACGAGUCGACAAUACUUCUCUGCACCUCAGCACACAGAAAUACACACACGCUGAGUGGGAGGACGGCAGGCUCGGAUCCUGGGCAAAGCUGCUCUUGUUCGCACGCUGUGCUCUUUUCCUCCCCCUGGCACCGCGCGCACUCGCCAAGCCACACUGUUUGGAGAUAGUCCGCGCGGAAAGUUUCUCUUUUUUUGAGGGAGCAUACUGUCUGGAGCCGAUUAAUUGUGGCAUCUGUUUUUUUUCCUUCCUUUUUCUUUUUUGCGAGGCGGAUGACUUAUUGUUUUGUGCAUGUGAGGACCUCAGAGUGGAGGAAUUGACAAAGUCGUUUUUUGCACAGAAUGGAAGGUAAAUUGACGAGCCGUCUGUGGCGUGGAUCACCGUGUGGAGCUUUCCGCAGGUAGAACGCGCUAUGACCUGAGCCUGUUUGCGGCUGGGUUGAAUGUUUCUAGCAAGUUUUUUCCAUGUUUUCGGUUUGAAGUAGGUUUAGCUGCAAUCUGGAACAGCUUUUAUUUGGAUAGGGGCUCUAAAAAAGGCCGCUUUCAAUUAGAAGUUAAUCGAUAUCUGACGUGUAUGUCGCUGCCACUUUGGCUCGCCGUAGAUGGUUUCGUUUGUUUAAAUUCACCGUUAAGUCACGCACUGAUUUGCUCAAGGAACUGAUUAAUUCCUUACACUGUUUUUUGGACAUUUUCUACAACACAUCGCUUCUUACAAGCCCUCUGAAGUGUCUGGCGCACGAAGCGCAGCCACUGAUUGUUCACCAAACAUCAAACGGAGGGACUCUCAGCUUCACCCCGACUGAGCACUUUCCAAAAAGAUUGGGAUAAAACGACCGAACUCUUCUGCAAAGAAGUGGAAAAGGAAAUCUUAAAUCCACCUGGCCUGCACUGGGAUUAUUGGUCUGAUAUUGUCUGCAGAGAGUGGAUUACAACCUCUGAAGGGCUGUGCUCCCUGGUGAGUAGCAUACAGGUCUCCUGCUUCAUUCACUUUUCCAUCCAUGCUGCCACACUUUUUCUUCAAGAACGGUGGGAACCCUGCGUUAAAAACACCCCUGCUACAUUCCUGCGUCCUCUAGUAUGUGGAUAAAAGUUUUAAUCAAAUAUAUGAUGUGUGAAAUAUACAUACUGCAUACUGCUACCUGCGGCCCAUGUAUCCUUCUAUUCUUAACUAUUUAAUUUGGCAACAAUGAGUCUUAAACACCUUUUUUUUAAUGCACAUACAAGUAAUAAAUAUGUCUGCUUUCCCUUUCCAUUGUCAACAGUCCCAAUUAAAGUCAGGUCCUUUGUGUAGCCUCUCAUCAAAUCCUAGUACCUGGCUCCCUCUCCUGGUUUUUAUUAAACAACAAGGCAGACGGAUUAACAGUCAUCAUUCUGCGCUGUUAAAUGUGGUCAACAUUUAAGCUUUUUGUCUCUUAAUAACAGGACCAUUCAGUCCGAGUGAAUGUAGGCUAACAGUUUUAUUUAGUCUUUGGAUAAAUUGAUCAUUCAUGUAGGUUACCACCUACAUUCAUAUCCGUUUGACAGGUUUGAAUCAAUUGUUAGUCCACAGGCUUUCAGACACAGGCCAGACUGUAAUUAUUGACACUAAAAAUCGUACUCUCGUUCAUGUAAAAAUGCCCGUAGUUGCAUCAGUUAUUUCUAAAAUAAUUCUAAAUAUCUAAUUGUUUUUUCCUCCUUUUGAAAAUAAAUCUGUUUUUAUGUGACCCUUCGAGUCGAAGAUUUGAUCUAAAUUAACACAGGCCCUGUUAAACCAACAUAGUAGCCUAUCGUAAAUCAUCCAUGCACAGCACCCCGAUGUAUCAACACCUGAAAAAAACGCAUUUUUUGCUGCUUCUACCGGCAAAAAUCAGAGAAGAAGUCGCUGUAGGCUUUAAAUUCAGGUGUAUGAGGUCAGAUCGUUUCCAUGGGGUCAGCGGGCGCAGGAUUUGCGCAGCUUGCAGUGGUUAAAAUGAAUAAGAAAACUAAACAAAACUCGGACAGUUUUGUUAAUAUCUCCAGCCACUGAAAUGAGAAGAAAAUAUUAUAAAUUUGGGGGAAAAGCUCAAAAAUUGUGCCGCUUUUAAGAACGAUAAAUGUUCUCUGCUCUGAUUGGCUGAGACGGAGAUUUGGAACGGCAGAUAAUUGCGCGCACCUGUGGCUUAAUUAGAGCAAAUUUAAAUAUGACAACACAGGAAGAAACCUCACUAUGACUCCUAAUUAUGUUUAUUACGAGGUGAAAAUAUAAGAUUUAACUGUAUAAUAUAAUUAUUCAUUAACUAUAGGCCUAAUAUUAACGUAAAUUUUUAAAUCUGCUUCCGGACAAGUGUCACAACUUCAUAUAGUCGGUUAAAAAUAAGUGUCAGUCCGCCACCUCACCUCGAUUCCUCCUUUAAAUUAUGUGUCAGAAGUGAGAGAGGAACAGAGCUCAGCUUUGACUCGCCGCGAAAAGUCAAAGCAUACGCCCGCGCGUGCGCGUAUGAGCGCGUGCGCAGCCUGAGUGAUGGUGAACUUGGCCCGGUCUCUAAUGAGUAUUAGGCAGAUCCAGGUCUGCACGACUCAAACCUGGAAAAUACCACAGCGUGACAAAUUAGAGCUGCUCUCAGUCCCAACACUCACACACGGCUGGCACACGGCUGAGGUUUAAAGGGUAAUUAUUUUUACUCGUUUUCUGCUUACAUAGCCCAACAUGGCAGCCAAACUUGAUCAAAUAAAGCCACGAGAUCGUCGACAGAAUUGUUAUAAUUAUUUCUGACUUUUAAUUCCCAGUCCUUUAAGGCAAAAGGCGUAAUCGUAAACCAGGCCAUAGACUGUGAUCCGCUGACGUGGCUGCUUUUAGUCUGAUCCUGUCAAAUAAAAAUAUGAAAACUUAUAGAAAUUUAGGCCUUAUAAUUGACUGCUAUGACCAACACUUCUACAUAACUAAAUAUCCUUUCCCAUUAAAUCUCAUAAAAGAGGCUUUUUAAAAUGUAAAUUUUAAAUCCUCCAGUUUUGUUCUUAAGAAAUGUUUUAAAUCAACUUUAAUAAUUUAAACAUAUUUUACUUUUCAUUUAAAAAUAUGAUUAUCUCCCUGAAGAGUUUCUUCUUAUAAAAUUGAGGAAAAUUAAACAUCGCUAGAAAAAAAAUGAAAUCAGGCCUACCACUAAGUGAAAAGAAUAAAACAGAAACCACCUCUUUUUCUCAGUGUUUUGGAUUUUUUUAUUUUAUUUUUCCCCAAGCAAUUGUAGUUGUUGGUCAAAUGUGAAGCAGUUUAAUUCUGAAAUUGAAUAUUUAUCUGGUGGUUUAAAGCAGAGUAACAAAAAAAAAAAAGACACACUCACAGCAUCAGGCCCGCCUCUGUCAGUGUGUCUCUGCCUUUGUACGUCUCUUUCUCAGAGUAAAGUGGACUGUCAGGAAUGUGUGUAGAUGGGGUUUCAUGGUCAUUGUGUCUUCUUCGGCUGCACGUCUAUCAGUCCACUGUGAUUCGCACUCAGACCUGCUGCCAAGUCACUGCUGUGCUGUGCGAGCACUGCUGGCCUCAGGGCUUCUAUCGCACACAAGCACAGUGCUGUGCGCAUGUAAAAGAAAAAAACAAAAAACAGUACAGACAUGCCGGGUGUGUGUUUUUUUUUUCUUGAAUUCCUUUCAUAAAUUUUUUAACAUCAUUGACAUCUGUCUGUCUUUCUCUCUAUUGAGAACAGUAAACUGUGUGUAAGAAGACAUCCAGACAGGCGAACUGACAUGCAUCUCUUCUGCGUCCUUCUUUAGAUCAGCAGCAGUAUGAACCUCAAGUUGGGCUGUGCAUGUCGGCCGGUUUGCUGGCCCUUUGGCAGGCUGUUGGACUCCAGACAUUGUGUGUUUGCCCUCACACUCCUCACGCUCCUGAUGCAGGUGGUUGUGGAGGCCAACUCAUGGUGGUAUGCAUUCAUUUUCUCUCCGCGUUUACACAACUAUUUUUGUAUUUCCUUUUCAUUCAUGCACAUGUGUAUUCAUGAUUUGGCUCGAGAAGAUUGUCAGCUUUCACUCAUUCUCUUUUCUUAGCAGUCAUAGAUGAGUCACAUUUUAAGUGAGGUCCACUAAAACAAGGGAAAAAAAACAUAAAAAAGGCCAGAAAUACAGGAUAGUAUAGAUUUUUCAUUUUAAAAAAAUGACAGUAAUAUUCCUUUAACAUAGUUUCAUCGUCUAAGUGAGGCUUGUGUGCAUGUUUGCAAAGCAGGCGUCUUAAGCUUCAGUUGCACCACAUGUGCAGAAACAUAACAUGCUGACUGUAGCACAUUAGCUUCCCAGGAAGACCUUUUUUCUCCCUUAUUUUCUUUAUUCACAUAUUGCCAAACCAAAAUUAUGAAUAUCAUAGAAAAACAUAGAGAAUACUGAGGUUUAUGAGUAGGUUUUUAAAUAUGUGGAAACACGAACAGUUUGUGACUGAAGGUAUGUGUGUGUGUGUGUUAGUGUGUGUAGACCAAUGUCCGGCUGAUAUUCUCAGUCUAUAUUUGUUGCCCUUAAACACACAGAGUGCUCCAGAUAGGGGCAAAUAGUGUUUACUAGUCUUCAUAGAAGCACCACUUCAAGUAAACACAACUCCUUACAUCCUGUUUGUGUCUAUUCAUAAUUUUGUAUCCGAGAACAUGCAGCAUUUACAGGAAACUUACCCACUCUCUCUCUCUCUGAGUUUUAUUUACUUCAAAUGAGCACUUCAAAGCCUGUGUUGACAUCAUGUAGUGAUGGUCUCAUUUAUAUGAAAAUAAUAAUUUCAACAAUUAAUUUGAGGAGGAUUUAUUUGGAUAAACAUGUUUUAAUGGGCUUAGCUCAGUGGGCGACUACAUUAUAGUUCAAAUAAAGUGUUGGAUUACCGACCCAGCUGAGGACUCGCACAUUACCGCAGACCCUUUGGAAAGCUCGGAGUCCAAACUAUGUGUGUCUUUCAGUUUCCUUUCUGAGAGGACACACAGGUGUGAAUGAUUUAGAGAGUCAGAGCAGCAGGCCGGCUGACUGUAUGUGUGUUUGACAGUGUGUCUGAGUGCACGGUAUCUGUGCAUGUUUAGUUUUUUUUUCUCUCUCUCUAUGUGUGCACCUCUCUGUAUAUGUUGUGUGUGUUCAGUUUAUGUUCCCUGGCUGCUGAGUUUCCCCAGUCGAUCAGGUUACACUGGAGGCUAAUUGUCUUUCUCUUUGGGCUCAGAGAUGGGCUGCUCUAAUUGUCCUGUGGCCGGGAACCAGAUGCUCAUAUAGUUCUCCCCUCUGUUGGUUUCCUCUGUGUCUGUCUGUGACUCUGUUUAAUUCCUUGUCUUUUGUCUGACACAAACUUGAAAGGAGCUCUGACUAUAGAUUAAAUUACUGUAUCAUUUCCUAUAUGACGCUGUAAAAAGAACGCAGCUUAAAUACUGCAAAUGUGAAAGGGUUCACUGUAGCGUCAAAACUAUAAGAAGAAAAAUACAAAGUGCGUCUAAAGUCUGUUGGACGUGAUUGGUCAGGAGAUGAUUCAGAAGAGUUUCUUUAGCUUUUAAAAUCUUCAUAAAAUUCAAUGUAACUUUACAGAGUUUGGUUUUAUUUUCUCCCAACAGAUUUAUGGCCUCCUUAGAAUUUUACAACAGCGUAUCAGAAACUACAUUUUUGAUGCUAUGGCUAUGCAACCUUUUACUUUAUUUUUACUUUGAAUAUCCUUUAUCUUCCGUUUCUUUUCCUCCUUGACUCUUACAUUUAUGGCUCUAUUUUCAGAUCAAUUCGGCACAUCAAUUCCAUAUUUAAGAUUAUGAAAGCUGUUACAAUCGUUGAUAAAUAACUUCCUUAUUUCUCUGGUUAGCAUAACUUCACUCGUAUUAGAUGUAAAUGAAUAAACCAGCCAUUGAUUAUGAAUCCACCAUAUAUUUGCGACCGAAUGAGUGCAAACAACUGCGUUACUAUGUGGUCUCCCCUCAUCCAGGUCUCUGGCCAUGAACCCUUUACUGAUCCCUGAGGCUUACAUCAUCGGUGCCCAGCCUCUAUGCAGCCAGCUGGUGGGCCUGUCACAGGGCCAGAAGAAGCUGUGCCAGCUCUACCAGGACCACAUGCAGUACAUAGGUGAGGGCGCCAAGACCGGCAUCCGAGAGUGCCAGUACCAGUUCCGAAACCGGCGCUGGAACUGCAGCACAGUGGACAACUCCUCCGUGUUUGGACGGGUCAUGCAAAUAGGUAAGAAAUGACGCAGAGAUGAUAACAUUUCCUAUAUGCUGUUUCUUGAACCUCAUUGUGUGUUUGUGUAUAUCUGAGUGUGAUGUGUAUGGUUGUCUUAAAUCUCAGCAGCUGUGUGGAGGGAAUAGCUGGUGGGUGAGGUUGCUGGAUAAAUCACAUGUGGCUUUGGCCUGUAAAACCAGCUCCUGACAUGCAGCAGGAGGGAGGCAAAGGAUCUGCCUCCCCCCAAAUGAAUGAGAGACAACCUAAUCUAUUUUGAUACACACAGAUGCACACACCGUGGAGCUGGACUGUAUUUACAAGUAACAGGAGUGCACCAAGUGUAUGCACUGAUAUAUCACCUUGUCAGUGAUUACAGUCUGUGUAUGUAGGCCUGCGUGUGGGUUCACAAAGUGCUCCGAUGUCUUAUAGAGAGUUCAAGAACUUAACAAUCCUCUCUUAAAAGGAAACGCCACUUUUGGAUCUUAUAAUCUGACAAUUUUUUUUUACAUUUGAUUUGACGCGAGUCUUUACAUCAGGGGCUAAUGUUCGGGCUAUUUACCAUUUAUCGAUCAUAACUGCAGUUGAUUUAUGACAAAUCUGUCAAUGUUGGGAUCCUAGCAGAGUUGCAUCAGUGUUGGCUGCUUUAUAGCUAAAUCUAAACUGCCUUUGUGAACCUGAAAGUGCCUGUGGUGCUCACGGUUUAGGACUCUGGUGGAGUCCCUGAAGAAGGACUUGGAUUUUGCACUUUUUUUUAGAAACUUGAAAACAACAAACAAGGAGGGAAAAACAUCACACCAACUGAGAAUGCCCACACGAGUCAGGUUGAAAAAAAAAAUCCAUCUUUUAACUUUUCUGCUGUCAUCACGAUGCAAUUAAUGGAAUAAAUGAUGGAUGGAAUGUCUUUGCGGUGCAUUUAGCUUUAAAAAUAACUUUUAAUUCACUCAACAGUUAUUUGCCAACCCAGAAAUUAUGUUCCAAUUUCCCCUGGUAAUCCUGUAAUAUUUUUCUGGGUGGCUAUUCUUGUUUUGGUAGAAAGCUAUUCAGCAGAAAAUUGACCCAAAAACGAUCCAAAUAAGAUUCUCAGUAACCAGGAAACUGUCUUAAGGAAAAGAGGUUUUCUACGAGGUAGUUUUUUAGAUGUGAUGCUGCAAGCAACUCGUGUUGGCCUCACAGCACACAACAUUUAAAACAACUUUCUGAGUCACAAACAAAUAAGUCAGAAUAAAAUCAUGAGAGGAAUGUCAACAUUGGGUCCUGCUUCAUGCAGUUUGGUCUACGGUGGUCAUACAACUAAAUCUUUACUGUUCAAAGGAAGUCCUUCUCUUUCCUAACGUAACAGUAAAUUUGCACAUUAUUGCAAGUUUGCAGGUCUUAUCAAGAAGAAACUGGCCUCGUUUCAGUUUCACACGCACACAGAUUUGUAUGCAAGCCAGGCCAGUAUUUGGUCAUGCAACUUUAUAAUGUAAUAUCACUGAAGAAGGCGUUAUUCAACAGAACAGUGCCACUUUACACGGUGACAGAAGGACCUUUUAGCAGUCGCAAAUGCUGCUUCAGUGUAAAGGAACUGCCAAACAUUUACACUAGUUCAACAUUUUGAACAACUAAUAGGUGCACUCUCACAAACACCAAACAGGAAGCUGCUAACUAGCUAAACAAAUAUGUUGGGAUGGGGCCGCAAUAGGACGUGCUGUUCUUCCUGACUGUAAAGAAGGAGGAGGCGAAACUGGUGGAGUUGUGGAGAGAGCAAGAAUCCCUCUGCAAUCUGUCCACUUAUUCAUUCUCACGAUAGAGUGGGGAAAGACAGACAGACAGAUAUUGCUGUGGCCCUUUUAAAACCUCAAGGCUGUAGCUAACUAGCUAACCGCUAUCCCAAAUGAGGAUAUGAAUCUGGCUGUAGUCUUGUGGUUGAUAACCCUGCAAGAUCCCUAGGCUAUGCAAAAUAAUAAGUCAGUGGUUGAAAACUCUGACUUUCGGAGGUCAGAUGUGAGUUUUUUUUUUAAGUGUCCCAGUGCGGUGAAGACAUUUAUAUGUCACUGACCCUGCUGGGUCCCCCUUCACUGAUACAUCUUCACAAAAUCCUCAUUGGCCCCUGUUCUCUCAUCCCUCUUAUUCUAUCUCUCAGCCAACUCUGGGCCAAAUAAACAUGUCCUCCCCUCUCUGCAGCUCUAUAGCUGUCUGUCUGAAAGCCCGCUCUACUGUCCGUCUUCCUGUUAGACUAGACUGCUGGUGAUUUAAACCUGAGCUCCUCUGAGAAGUGCCGCUGUGGUUUGGGUCAGACAGUUUCUCCUGCCUGGCUGACUUGGCGAGCUGGACGGGUGGGGUACGGGAGGAGGGAGGCAGCAGCGUGACAGGUUGUCCGUCUACAGGUCCACUAUUAGACCAAUAUCCUCAGGCUGGAUUAAAAGUUGUACUUGUCUCAUAAAUCCCCCGCUCUCCUAACCCCCUGUGCUCCUGCUCAACUUUUCCACCUGAAUAUCUUUGAGACUUUCCAAAAGGUUUCUUUAUCUUUUCCUUUUUUUUUUCACGAUUGACUUUACUGCUUUUUGCGCUAUCAAGGGCAUGCUUAUGUCCCCCAUUUCCACUUUCCUCCCUUUUUUUCACAAAUGUCUUUUUCUUGACUUAUCUCUUUAGAUGUCUUUUAUUCUCCCUCCUGAUCUCCCAUUCUCUGUCCGUCUGUUAUUGUCAUUAUAGCAGGCUCUCCAAAUCUUUGACGCAGCAGGUAUAUGAGCUGUAUGUUCUUUUAUUUUGUAGCUGUCUCCCUCUUUAAUGUCAACACACAGCUCAUAGUUUGGUAAACUGUUUCUUCUUUAGUUAUAUCCUCAUCUUUUUUAGUCUGCGGUUAUAUACUGAGAUAGAAAUGGAUCCAUCAUUUAAUGACAGGGAAAAAGGCUGCUUACGUGAAGUUUUUAAAGUUUUUUUUUUUUUUACGGCCCCAAACCUCUCGUCUCCAUAGAGGAAAUGUUGAGGGCUGAAACAGUGGGAGUUAAUGAGCAAUGGCUCCAGAAUCACUCAGUCAUGACGGAUGAAGCGAAAGAGCUGUUGUCGCUUUCAAUUUGAGUAAAAUUGAAGCUUGCUUGUUUAGAAGGAUCUCUGUCACUGGAGGGCGCUCUCCCCUCUCUGGCUGGAGCCCAACAACAGCAAACCAGAUUCCACCGCUCAACGUGUUGGUGAUGAGGAGCCUGCAGCACUUGGCUGGAGUGCUCUGUAAUCUUACAUGUAUGGUUUAUGCUGUCAUAUGACAUCAUAUCUCAUAACAGUGAACAGACACUUGAAGCUAAAUGACAGUGACAGAAAUUCAGUAUAAAAUUCUCACACACAUAUAAUCUUCAGUAGUGGAAGCAGCGCAGCUAGACAUUUUUCACUUAUUCUCUUACUUAGUGCGUCAAAUGUGACAUUCUGUUCCUGUUUGUGUGUCCACAGGCAGUCGAGAAACGGCGUUCACUUAUGCCAUCAGCGCAGCAGGGGUGGUGAACGCAGUGAGCCGUGCCUGCAGAGAGGGAGAGCUCUCCAGCUGUGGGUGCAGCCGUGCAGCUCGUCCCAAGGACCUACCGCGGGACUGGCUGUGGGGUGGCUGUGGAGACAACCUCAACUACGGCUACAGGUUCUCCAAAGAGUUUGUGGAUGCACGCGAGAGGGAGAAGAGUUACCCGAAGGGAUCGUAUGAGAGCGCACGGCUGCUGAUGAAUCUUCACAACAAUGAGGCGGGGAGGAGGGUAAGACAUGGAUGUUAUAAGCAUGUGGGCUUACAUACAACCGCAGAGAAGUUUAAAGAUGUCAUCACAUAGGCAGAGCGGAAAAUUACAAACUGCAGGCCCCAGUUUGAGACCAACCCAUGAUUAAGAAACAGCAACAGGCGUUAACUGUGAGAUAAUCCAGGUCAAUUAGACAGGUCUCAGCUGAUCAUGUGUGUAACAGCUCCAUGUGCUCCCCCCCUCCUGAGGCUUUGAUCUAUAGGGAUAUGGAGUCGGUGGAGGCAGGUCUGGGCUUUCUUUUCCUCUCCAAACAUCUUGAAACAACCUCAAAAGAAAAUAUGUAAUACCAGAUAUCUGUAGCCAUGCUGUUCCCUUUUAACUUGGACAAAUAAGUAGACAAGGUUUAAUUCAAUGCACCACUGGAGACAUGUUCAGGAUCAUUCAGCUCUUCAUGGCAAAGUUAUGCCUUUAUGAGAUCAUGAGCAGCAGGUUCUCCAAAUAUUUAUGCAGACAGGUCAUGUCAGGAACAUUAGGCAUGCAACACUUGAGCAUAUUUUAGCUGUUUCCCAGAAGAAGUUUGAGUUUUUUGGGGGGUUUAUUUUCCUAAUUUUUCCUUUUUUUUUGUUGUGCAUAGACUGUGUCCGACCUUGCUCAUGUGUCCUGCAAGUGCCACGGGGUGUCAGGCUCCUGCAGCCUGAAGACCUGCUGGCUACAGCUUGCUGACUUCCGCAAGGUGGGCGAUGCGCUGAAGGAGAAGUACGACAGCGCGACUGCCAUGAAGCUCAACACGCGCGGAAAGAUGGUGCAGAUGCACAGCAAGUUCAACGCCCCCACCAGCCAUGACCUGGUGUACAUCGAGUCUAGUCCAGACUACUGUCUAAAGAACCAAAGCACAGGCUCCCUUGGCACAGUGGGGCGCCUUUGCAACAAGACCUCAGAGGGGAUGGAUGGGUGCGAGCUGAUGUGCUGUGGCCGUGGCUACGACCAGUACAAGGCCCAGUUAGUGGAGCGCUGCCACUGCAAGUUCCACUGGUGCUGCUACGUCAAGUGCAAGCGCUGCACCAGAAUCGUUGACCAAUUUGUCUGCAAGUGAGAAGAGGAGCACAGUCCAUGUGUUUCGUUUGCAGACGAUGGGCAAACAUCUGUUUGUAUCCGUGAGCAGCAAAGAAAAAAGGAGUUGAAUAGAGAGAAUGGAAGAAAGAAACUAUAUAAAUUAUAUUUAUAGAGUUAAACAAUUAUGCCGUUGCAAAAAGACUGACUCUUUUUCUUCAAAAAAAAAAAAUGUUAUGUCUUCAGAAACUGAGAGUAUCGUGAAAUAUUUAUUUUGAGAUUGUUCUGUUCUAUUUUGGCCCAGUCUUCACCAGCUGAUUUUAACCCCCUUCAUGUGCCUAAACUGGCUGGAAAUCUUCCUCCUCUCUCCUUUCUAAGUCCAAAAAAAUACCAAUUUUCUUGUCAAAUGGGUCACACUGAUUGCAAAAUUGGACUGUGCUCCCCAUUUUGUUUGAUUAUGUGGCAAAGUUGACUAAGAAGUCCUAGUUUGUUUUUUGAGAAUGACUGUUUUAAGAGGCCUGUGUACUGUAGUGUAUGAUUGUUUUUUUUACUUGGGCCCAGAACCAAACCAGCCUUCACAUCCUUACUGAACUCUGCCUGUCACAUGGAGAGUAAGGAAAACUGUUAUUUGUUAUGAGACCUUGGAGUACAAUGGGUACAGUUUGAAAGCUGUUUUGGGUUUUGGGCAAUUUAUUAAGCUUUCCCAGAAGCCUUAGAGUCCCCCAGGUGCUGCAACAAGCCCUCCACCAUUAUGCACUUUGAUACAGAGGCUUAAACCUAACUGUAUGUGUCUGUUCGACUGUUUUAUGUACUGCAGUGCAUCAGCAAAUAUAUCUAAUUAUAGUCUACAUUCUUUUCCAUAUAGUUCAGAUUAUCCAUUUAACAUUAUUCUACAAUACGUAACAUGGUUUAAAUAUAUAUGGGCAAUGUUGUGGUUACAGUGGUGAAAUAUUUCAUGCUCUGUGUAUAUAGUAUGUCUAUCCAACAAAUCAAUAAACUGUAUUUAUUUUCUUACACAGAUCUUCAACAGGAAAGCAUCAUCUCCUCUAUAGGUCCAAAUUUAGCCAGACAGCCCAGAGUUUUCAUGUCACUUUUUAAAAGUUGUGUUCUCACUAAUGCGGUUCUUCACUGUUUUUUCUAAAGGGAAAUGCACCUUAUCGUUUUGAUACACAAGUUCUGUCUUCUUAUAUAUGUUCAGCUUUACUGUUACACACUUGUAUAAAUAUCACAGAUGUUCAGAUGUGAUCAUUAGCACAAUUUUCCAGUACCACUCAGUUAACUGCUCACUACCCCUGUGAUGAUUCUCCAUAGUCAGACUGUUCCUACCAAUCCAACUAUAUAUAUAUUUAUAAGCUUCUCCAUGAACUUUGAGGUUUGUUAAUGUGUUAUAGCAGAUAUUUUGUUACUUUUUACAAAUUGGCUCAAUGCUCUUUGUUUCAAUAAAUAUCAAAUGUAAAACCAACA